AUGUACGCUAAGCCUCUGGGAACCACUAAGCUGUACUGGGGAAUUAAAAGUAAGGGCCUUGUCGAUGUUGUCAAGAGUAUGAUUGUAGGUGGAGAUGCCGGUGAAGAAAAAGAAGGUGGUGAAUCCUCCAACUGGGGCCAUAUCGAGACCCAUGUCUCGGUUGGUGAGCGCAUGGACAUAAAGAGAGUUUUGACCAAGGAAUUGGAGAACGCUAUUGGUGGAACUACUGUGGUCGUCUGUGGUCCACAUGCAAUGUGUGAUGAAGCUCGGUAUGUCUGCGCUGCGAUGGCGAGACAUGGCGUCGUUGUUCGUUAUGUGGAAGAAUCCUUCACUUGGUAG